UUCGUUGGCUUUAGUAGCUUAGCUUUAUUGGAACGAAGCAUUGCACAUAGUUAUCGAACACGAUUUAAGUAAUAUUCUGUUGUAAAGACUUUUCAUUUCUUAUUAUAUUAACUACUGAAUUAGUUUUGACAAAAACAAUGAAGAAUGAUUUGAGACGAGUAAACCUGAAUCGGGAAUUAUACCAUAUAAUUCUUUAGGUAUCAUUCUAUAUGUACAUUUUUUCUCUUGAGAUAUUUUCUGUUUGUUUUAAAACAAAACGCGUCGAAUUCGUCGCCAUACAAUUUGUAUGACGACGAUUUCUGCGGUGAAUAUGGCACGUUUUGUUUUAAAAGAAACAGACAAUAUUUAUGGACACAACAGAACGUUCGUCCGAAAAAUUUUUUAGAUCAUAAAUCGUUCAAAUGAGCUCAACUCAACUCAACUCUGAGCUCUGGGGCUUUCAGCAGUAAUACGACUUCUCUACAAGUUUUGAUAAGAGAAGACUUCGUUGGUAACUUUUUCCUAUUACUUUUAUUAUUGCAACGGAUUCAAAAUGCCGCAAAUUUUAAACGCAAAAACAUGUUUCGAAUCAAAGUCAAAGGUCAAGGCUUGAUAUUUGUUUGUUGAUGUUUGGGCCUUUGGCACAUCUCGGCACAUCUCGAGACUCUUGUACGUUUCUGGCUGAACAUGAACCAAAGAAAUACGGUAUUUUUGAAUUGCAGCAGCAUCAGAGCAUUUCGAAUAAUCCCACUGGCUUGAAGGUUUGCACAGGUGAACUUGAUGUGAAAUUGAUAAUGAAUAUAAAGUAUAGGAUUACAGACUGUCUAACGGUACACGUCUGUUCCUUAUAGCUGUGGCCGCAUAGAAAGUGGUUUAUCGCAUCUUUUGCGAAUGUUCGAAUCGAUGGAACAGUUAAAAGCACGUUUAGCCAACUAAGACAAGGUACAACCCGAAAAAUUGUUCACACUACCAAAAUAACUAUUAUUGGCAUUUCUACACAGUUUGCCAUCCUAACUAUCUAAUCUUUAGUUACAAUUAGUAUUAACUCCGGCUUAUUAUUCCAUUUGCCAAAAAAAGAAAUUGGAGAAAGUAGUCAUGCACUUUCAAAAUUUAUACUAAUGUACGAUCAUUGUUAUGCCCAUAAUGUUGCAGCGAAUAUUUCAUUCGAAACUAAAAUAGUCGUUUGCUAUUUCGCGUGUACAUAUACAUACAUAUUUAGAGAUUAAAAUGAAAGGUCCGAGAAACUAAGUCGAAUGGCGUUUCGAAAGACUAAAUUGGCUUUUUACAUAGUUUACUGAUUGGAGCAUAUAUUUAUUUACACAGAUAAAGGUAGUGCAGUAUGGGUUAGGUUGUGAUAAAGUGCUAAUUAAUCCUAAUUUUUGAAGCUCAAGCUGGUCGAAAACACGAAGGACAUGUUUAUUGAAAAUUUACCUAUUAUGGUGUUUUUUUGAAUCCAUUGAAAAGUUUUUUUUCCUCAAUCCAAUACUGAUUCCUUUCGUACGACCCCAAGAAAUGCAAUAGACAGUCACACCGGUUCGUGCUGAGAAUUUAAUUUCUUGAUUAUAGUGCAGGGUUGAAACACGCAUUAUUAAUGUAGUGCGUACUGCAUCACCACACAUGUGCCGGGAGCAAUGUGCUAUACCCAACCAGUAUACUAUGAACAUCGUACGUGUUACAUCGGAUUUCAGCCGUACAGCUAAAAUGCGUAUCCGACUAAAGCAGGAGUGCUAUCAAUGAACAUAUGCAAAUAUUAGAUGAACGUUUCUCUUUUUCAAGAAUUGCUCCGAAAUGCGCACUGAUCCCAGCAGCGCUAGUGAAAGAGCCGGAAAUGGGCGAAGAUGUUGUGGAAAAUCAAUUAUGGACAAGUUGCACUGUGUAGUGCGGGGCACAGUGAGAAGCGGUGUAAUUUUUGAAACCAAGCCAAUAUCGAUCGCCGUCUACCGGUAGUGUGGGAGUGCCUUUCAUGUACGUUUUCAGUUGGUGACUCCAUCAAGGGGUUGCAAAAUGGUUUCGUUGUCGGAGGAUUCUAACGGGACACAACGAAAAUCGAAAUUUUUGCCCCAGUUGGUACGUCGGUUGGGAAUUGGCAAAAAUAAAACUAUGAAUAACAUGCGGAAUGAUUUGGAUGAUGAAGUGUGCUUGCGGAAGAAGAUGGUGUCGUUUGAUUGUAACGAUGUGGGUUCGAACAAAGAAGAUGGUAUGAGUUCAUCAAAUUACGAUCGACCAUCUACGUUACCACUAACGAUCAAACACAAUGAAGCGGUGCAAGAGCAACGUCACGAUGGAAGGGAGGAGAAAGCAAUAAGUCUGGGCUGUGAGCAGAGCGCCAGAUUGACGUCGAUAUUGAAAUCUGGAUAUCAGGUGAAUGGAAUAGAUAAUGAGCGCGAAUCGUUAAUUAAAGGUAAACCCAAUGGACGAAUGUCGGAGGAAUGCACCAAUAGCUCCGGAAAUGAGUCUUCUUCGCCCUUCAGGAGAGGUCCUUCAUUUCGGCAAAGUUUUAGCUAUCUUUUCAAACGAAAUAGGUCCAAAACGAAGGACCGUUCGUGUACGAGUGACAGCGACUCUAAUGCGGUUAUCGAGCUAGAUGAAGAAAACAACGAUGCCGCACAUGUUAUGCCAUUGUUGGAUGCCUUUCUGCCAGAAAGAGUGCCUUCUAAACGUGCUAGCACUGGAGAUAUAUUCGAUGAUAUAGUAAUUCAAUUUAAUGAGGACUUUAAUGUCAAAACCAAAAAGAUUUUCCAUCGACGCACCAAUUCUGACUCGUUCUGCAUAUCACUGGCGAUUGUGAAUAAUGAUAGAUCUACAAGUAGCGUAGGUGCCGGAUUUCGCCCGCUACCUAUCUCUUCGACCAUAGAGCUGCUGAGUUCCUCCGAUGUCCAGAGCCAAAAUAGUAGUCAGCUGUCACGUAGUCCGAGUCAUAAUACGUCUGUGAAAAGUGAUCAGAAAUCUCUGAAAUCUCUAACGUCUUCUCCACUGUCGGUACCACCAAACAUAAGAAGCUCCAGUCCCUAUCCACUAAAAGUAGCGGCCAGAAAUGAGGGGUACGAAAAGCCCGAGAAGCCAGAGAAAGAGAAGAAGAAAAAGGAGUUCAACAGUUCCCGGCAGAAGAAGUUUUCCCGGCACUUCACACAAGUGGAGGAUGAAAAAGUGUUGAACUAUUUCUCUUGUGCGUUAGUUAGCGACAUUUUGCUACAAGGGCAUCUCUAUAUUACGCAGAAUUAUUUCGCAUUCUACUCUAAUGUAUUCGGUUACGUAACAAAGCUUUUAAUCCCAACAGUUUCCGUGAUAAAGAUUUCCAAGGAGAAGACAGCCAAAAUGUUUCCGAAUGCGGUUGGUGUGCAGACCUGUGACGAUCGGCACGUGUUUGGUAGCUUCAUGAGCCGUGAGGCUGCGUACCGAUUAAUGUGCAGUGUGUGGCGCUCGGUUGCACCGCCUGAAGUAGAAGAACCAAUCGCACAGAAGGCCCCGGACGUUGAAGCGUCCGAAUGUUCGGCGGAGGAUGAUAGUAGCUGCUCAAUUAGUGGUAACGAAAGUUCUUCCCAUGUGAAAGAUAAAAAGUCUGACGUAGUAGAUUCGGGUGACUCUAUUAACGAUAAGCUUACUGUAAUAGAUGGCUCUAAGCGAUCCCUAGACGCUUCUAAAAGUAUUAAAUCGGUGCAAAAAGAAAUUAUUAUUAAGCCACCAGUCGCAUUAAUAGCAUCUGCAGCAAUUCUGAAGACAUCGGGCAACGCUCUCAAAGAGAUUCCCCGUUCUAGUGAUAUCCCCCAUCAAACUAGUAGUGAUAGUGGUAAUAUUAAUAAUAGCAACUAUAGCAUGCUGACAAGACUUAGGACUAGGCUACAACAAAUCUUUCCCUCCGAUUUUGGCGUUAUACAUGUAGGGAUAAUUUUGGCAAUAGUGCUAGCACUGUUUUCCUGUUUUCUCAUGUACAAAAUACACUACCUGCAGUCACGCAUAUAUAAUUUUAACAAUUUUCGAUGGGGAGAAGAAGAUAACAUGGAUGUGUAUGCAGAAGUGCUCAAGUGGCAAAAACAAAUGCAGGAUAAAAGUACGGUAGAGGCUCAAAUAGUUCUAAACUCUAAUCUCGAACAAAUUGCAAAGGUUCGAAAAAGCUUGGAAACCUUGUCUAUACUGCUGCACGAUUCCACUAAACGAUUCGGAAUGACUAUGUCUGGUACGGAUCCUGGCGACGCAUCGGUGUCUGCCGACAGUUCACUCCUGGAAGCGCCCUCAAUUGUCGCGACGUAGCUAGCGAGCAGUUUAUUUUUUUUUUGUUCGCAGUCUGUAGGUUCCCAUGUAAUCUUUUCUUAUUCAUCAUCGUGAUAUUCGAUUUAAGUUAUUUAUUUCCCGACGUUUAAUUCAUAGUUUUCAUAGUAGAAAAAAGAUUAAAUUUGAAACAAUGCCAAUGUAGAGCACGCUGGUUUAACCUAGCGGCAAAAGAAAUUUUUUCAGCAUGCAUAAAAAGACCGUAAAAUUUAAAUUGUUGAAUUAUUAGUUGUUUGUACAUUGAAACACGUUGAACCCUGCAAGAAGGUUUUUUUGAUAUAAAUAACCAAGAAAAAUAUAGUUUGUUCCAGCCUAGCUGAUCAUUAUCAACGGUUUUUACGUUUUCCUGCAGGAUACUCAAUCAAUUAAAGAACAAAAUAUAAACUAGUCAAAAUGAGGAUACUAACUUGUUGCUGAACAAAUUGGCGUUAUUUUCCAAUAAAAAAUUGGGCGGAAGAAAAUAUUUAGGAGAGAAGGAAUAUUUUUUGUUUUACCAUCUCCACUCUGUGUUCGACUACAUGUAGUGCUACUGAGUUCACAAAGCUAUGUUUCGUGAUCCCGUGUAUUCAAUCCCGUUUCUUUCAGUAAGCCUUCAUAACACGGUUUAUUUUAGUAAUUUUGUUAAAUAAGUAUUUGCAAAUUUGUAAGGUUUUAUAAAAAUAGCCUUGUCAUAUUUAGUUAUUACCUACAGAUAUUGUACAGUUUUUGUUAGGGGCAUUAGUUUUUUAACAAAGUCAAUAAAAAAAAGAAGUGUAUACAUUUCAAUUUUCUGAGAUUGUCCAUAGUUGAUUAAUUCACUUAAUCUUUACCUUACUACUUUCCGCUUCUUAUAGUUAUAAUAUUUUGUCUCUUUUGUAUGUGGCAGUUAUUUUACAUGUUUGUUAGAGAACAUUCAUUCGUACAGGGUUGAGUUUUUUAGUUUUGAAUAAGAGAUGCUAUAUGCAUCUAAAAGGACUGCUUGCAUUUACUAUAAUUUGAGCUAUAAGUUGCAAAUAUUGUGUCCACAUUGCACAUGUGCGUGUCUGUGAUAGAAAUAAUACGAUCAUUGAGGAUAGAAAUCAAGAGUUUUUUUUUAACAAUUCUUGUAAAAUCGUCAAUAUUUGCGAACAAACGAUAAAAUUCGCUGCUGGAAUUCUCUUCCGGCAGUAAAGAUUGCAGUAGCAAAUAAACUCUGGUGGAAUAUGAACAGAAAAAUAUCUUACCUAUCCAUAUAAAUAACUGAAACAGAAGCAAUUGAAAUCUAUAGGGUUGUAUGGCAAAGGGCAAGGAGCAAUGAGUUAUUUUACUCUGGAUUCACAUUAGGACUUUACUUUGUUAUCCCCUGAAUUAAUUUUGUUUUGUUAUUUCAAAUAGGUUUAGGAAAUACAAUAGAUUGGAAUGAAUGUAAUCAGAAUUACCCAA